CGUGGCUGGUCUUUCGGCCGUGGGCGCUCUGGGCACCUCCAGGCACAGUGGUCCUGCUUGGAGACAGCGGUCCCCACUCUGGGACUGUGAGCCUCAACUUGAGCCUGUGGGGUGGGGGUCCUGGGCUUUGCUGUCACCCUGGGGGGGGUGUACGUGGGGCUGGAGCGGUUUGUUCCUUCUUGUCCAGGUCGGGGUGUGGAUUGACGUUGGCAGCCGGUACGAGAACGAGAAGAACAACGGGGCGGGCUACUUUGUGGAGCAUCUGGCUUUCAAGGGAACAAAGAACCGGCCUGGCAAUGCCUUGGAGAAGGAGGUGGAGAGCAUGGGGGCCCAUCUGAGUGCCUACACCACCCGGGAGCACACUGCUUACUACAUCAAGGCGCUGUCCCAGGACCUGCCGAAAGCUGUGGAGCUGCUGGCGGACGUCGUGCAGAACUGCAGCCUGGAGGACUCGCAGAUCGAGAAGGAGCGGGACGUGAUCCUGCGGGAGCUGCAGGAGAGCGACGCGUCCCUGCGGGAUGUGGUCUUCGACUACCUGCACGCCACCGCCUUCCAGGGCACGCCGCUCGCCCAGCCCGUGGAGGGGCCCAGUGACAACGUCAGGAAGCUGUCUCGUGCCGACCUGACCGAGUUCCUGGGCCAGCAUUACAAGGCCCCUCGCAUGGUGCUGGCGGCGGCGGGAGGGGUGGAGCACCGGCAGCUGCUGGACCUCGCCCAGAAGCACUUCAGCGGCAUCUCUGGGACGUACGCCGAGGACGCUGUGCCCACGCUCGCUCCGUGCCGCUUCACUGGCAGCCAGAUUUCCCACCGUGACGAUGCCCUGCCUUUGGCCCAUGUGGCCAUUGCCGUGGAGGGGCCUGGCUGGGCCAACCCGGACAACGUGGCCCUCCAAGUGGCCAACGCCAUGAUCGGCCACUAUGACUGCACGUACGGCGGCGGCAUGCACCUGUCCAGCCCGCUGGCUUCUGUCGCCGUGGCCAACAAGCUGUGCCAGAGCUUCCAGACCUUCAACAUCUGCUACGCGGAGACGGGCCUGCUGGGCGCGCACUUUGUCUGCGACCGCAUGAGCAUCGACGACAUGGUGUUCUUCCUGCAAGGCCAGUGGAUGCGCCUGUGCACCAGCGCCACGGAGAGCGACGUGCGCCGGGGCAGGAACCAGCUCAGGAACGCCCUCGUGUCCCACCUGGACGGCACCACUCCUGUGUGUGAGGACAUCGGACGCAGCCUCCUCACCUACGGCCGCCGCAUCCCCCUGGCCGAGUGGGAAAGCAGGAUCGCGGAGGUCGAUGCCCAGACAGUGCGUGAGGUCUGCUCCAAGUACUUCUAUGACCAGUGCCCCGCGGUGGCUGCAGUGGGCCCCAUUGAGCAGCUCCCCGACUACAACCGGACCCGCAGCGGCAUGUUCUGGCUGCGCUUCUAGGCAGGAAGCCUGUCGGCAGGAGGGCGGGCCGGCGCCCGGGCCCCCACCAGGAACGUGCCGCCACAGCUCCUCAGUCCUUCCCCACCAAUAAAGCCCUGUGAGAGCUG